AAGAUGCCAAGUAAAUAUCCAAGAAAGUCUGUCAUCACGAGCCUACCCCUUUAGGCAUGAGGUCAACACACACCUGUUAAUGAACUGCGGCAUCCACAUGGGUAAAUAUCGCUGUAUGCCUAGUUGCUGGGGUCCCAUUGUGUGCUGGACUGUGCUGUGCUGCGCUGUUCUGGCAUAUGAAGCAUGCGGACGCCUCGGGGCACACAACACAGGCGGCAUCCUCAAAACCCCGAUUGCUCAGCCUCCUCCUCCCAUGGAUCAGAUCACCGUCCACAUCCACAGCUAUCUAUUUGUGUUCAUUCCUGAGAAGCCGACCGUCUCACCCUCCGGGCCCUCAGUGACCUCACCAUGUGUGAACACCCCCUUUAUAACAAGGGCACGCUAG